AUGGCGUCAGUCAGAGGCACUUCCACUGGGCUGGGGAGGCGCAGCAUUUUGAUCUCGCCGUUCGUCCUGAUUGAGCCAACAGGAUUUAGUCAGAUGCUCGCGUCCCAGUUUAACUCGGAGGCAGCAUUGUGGACGGCUGGAUGGACCGAACCGACUCCAAAACUUAGAAGGAAAGCUUCAGAAUGGCACAGACGGGCCAGCCCCCGAGAAAAACAGAAUAAUGAUCUACAGAAGAAGGAAAAGUGGAAACCUCCAGUGAAGGGGUGGGUGUGGGGUGGGGGGGCAGUGACGCUUCCCCCUCGGCCUCUUUCAUGUGCUGCAGCUCCAUCCUCGGCCUCAGAUGUGGUCAUUGUCACCCAGUUGCACAAUGGCCUUUGUGAUGAAGAACACCUGAGCACCCACCUGUUGGGAAAACACGGAGUCGGACAACGCAAAGAGAGAAAGUUCGAAUGCGGCUUGUGUGAGCGGUCCUUCAGUGAAAAAUGGGCCCUGAACAACCACAUGAAACUGCAUAGUGGGGAGAAACCGUACAAGUGUGAGUGGCCGUCGUGUCACUACGCCUUCCUCAACCUGUCAGCCAUGAAGGACCACUACCGCACACACACCGGUGAGAAGUCCUACCUGUGUGACCUGUGUGGGUUUGCUGGAGGCACAAGACAUGCCCUGACCAAACACAGACGCCAACACACAGGAGAGAGACCCUUCAAAUGUAAGUUCUGCAGCUUCGCCUCCACCACCCAGUCCCACCUGUCUCGGCACAAACGGGUUCACACCGGGGAGAAACCGUACGGCUGCCCCUGGUGCGACUACAGAUCCAACUGUGCCGAGAACAUCCGCAAACACAUCCUCCACACAGGGAAACAUGAGGGCGUGAAGAUGUACAACUGUCCUAAAUGUUCCUACGCCACCAACUCCCCCAGCGAGUUCCGUAACCACCUGAAGGAGAACCACCCUGACAUUGAGAACCCAGACCUGGCCUACCUUCACGCAGGUAUCGUGUCCAAGUCGUUCGAGUGUCGUCUGAAGGGUCAGGGCGCCGCCUUCGUGGAGGCCGAGGCCGUGGGUUCGCCCCUGAACAGGAAGUGUCCGUCUCAGGCGUCGGGCCACGGCGAGUCGGUCCAGCAGGUCAUCAUCAUCCAGGGCUACGGCGAAGGGGAGGUGUCCAUCGACCAGGCCCUGGAGGAGUCGGCCGCCGCCACGCUGCAGACGCUGGCCAUGGCGGGGCAGGUGGCCGAGGUGCUGCACAUCACCGAGGACGGGCAGGUCAUCGCCUCAGGCAGGGAGGUGGCAUCCGCCGGGGCCCACCUGACCGGAGGCGCCACCCAGUACGUGGUCCUGGAGUCCGGGGAGGCCAGGGAGGAGCUUCAGGCCGUGGCCAGAGGGGGCGUGGCCGUCAGAGGGGCUGGACAAAGUCACGUGGUGUCCGAGUCAUCGACAGCAUUGGACGCUCUGCUCAGCGCCGUCACCGAAAUGGGCCAACAAGAGGAAACACAUGGAGAGGCGGCCGUCGUCCAUGAGCUCAUCCCCCCGGAGGUGACGCCACCUGAGGAGGGGGUGCCGGUGAAGCAGGAGCAGGAGGAGGUGCAGGUCAUCCACGAUGGCGGGCAGGAGGAGAUGCAGGAGGUGCUGCAGCUCGCAGCGUCGCAGAUGAUGAAGGAGGGGCUAACGCAGGUGAUUGUCAACGACGAGGGGACGCACUACAUAGUGACGGAGCUGGGCAACUGCACCCUGCAGGUGGAGGAGGGCGUGUACGGGGAGGCAACGGGGGGCGGGGCCGAGGCGCCGCCAGAGGAGGAGCAGGAGGAGGAGGGGAGGAAGGAGAUGGUGGUGUACGUGGAUGGAACGCCCCAUAACAUCGUCCUGGAAGGAUGAAGAUAACGAACACCGUCUGAGUUUGAGCGUCAUUCGGUUGAAAUUCUGUCGUUUUUUAAAUUCUGCUGUUUUUUUGUUUU